AUGGUGCCUGGCGGCUGCUGUUCCCUUGUAGUCGUCCCGUUGCUGGCCGUUUUUGUUGGCACAGGUUUGGUGAAGGUGGAUGUUACUCCAUUGUGUGCGGCGCUGGGUGCACUCUUGCCAAAGUAUGUUCCAAAGACCACUGAUGGAAAGCCCUUGGUCAUUCCAAACAAGGAGAUCCGCAGAUUCCUCGAAACGUAUGGCAUGAAAGGUCCAAUGGCAACACGCCCUGAAAGUGAACAGCCUUCAUUGCGAGGAGUGUACAUGUUUGAUCAAAUGGGCCCUGCUGGCUGGAUCGACUUCAGCUACUUGAUUCGGGACACGAAUAUACCCUAG